AUGCAGCAGAGAGGCCUUAGCGUGGAACUCCCAUGCCAUUACAAAACCUCUGUUGACAAGAACUUCAUGCUGGAAUGGAAGUUUGCACCUGGCUCAGCUUCUCCUGACAAUGCAAAACAGAUUCUUUACUUCACAAAUAGCCAGCUGUACAAACCAGGCUCUCAGGCUGAACGGCUAAGCCUCCUUAAAGACCUGCCCACUUUGGGGGAUGCGUCCCUUCGAUUAGACAACGUCCGUGCUUCAGAUGCCGGCAUCUACCUCUGUGAGGUGAACAACCCUCCAGACUUCUAUGGAACUGGAUAUGGGCUUAUCCAUUUUGUCGUUUUAAUGCCUCCAUCCACUCCCGUGUGUAAAGGGGCUGCCUAUGCUUCCGUCGGGUCAGAUGCCAGCUUCACCUGCAGCUCUUCUGAAGGCGUGCCAGCACCAGUUUACUCCUGGACUCGGGUGGAUCCCAAGACGACAUUACCUCUGUCCAACAUGGUCAAAAAUGAACAAACUGGGAGUCUGCUGUUGACAAACAUCUCGCAAGAGUUUGCUGGGACCUAUCAAUGUGUCGCCUCCAAUGAAUAUGGCCAGGGAACCUGCCAGGUAUCCCUCCGUGUGACAGGUGUCGCACAAGCUGGAACAAUUGCUGGAGCCGUUAUCGGGGUCCUUUUAGCUCUUCUACUGUUUGGUGCAAUUGUGAUCUAUUUCUUACGUUACCAAAAGCAGCGGAAGCAGAAGAAAAAGACACAGUCCAUAUACAGCGGGAAUGAAAUAAGGGAGGAUGCCACUGCCCCAGGGAUCUCAGAAGAUUCCUUGGAGAAAAGAGACAGCAAGUCGGAAAGCCACCUCUUGGACAAAUCACCCUCCAGGCCUGGGUCUGCCAGCACCACCAAAUCACAUCUGCAGAACAUUCUUGUCUGA